AUGCCACCACUGGCAUAUCCUACACCAGAGCCGACAGACUCACCCAGUUCUCGCGACGAGUCCCGCAAGCGAACGUUUGAAGACGACGCUGUCACCACUGCCCCUCUCCAAUCAAGACCCAAGAAGCAGAGGGUCUCUGUUCAGUGUGGAGACCUAUGCUUCCCAGCUUCUUAUUACACUGGAGACCAACCAGUUCAUCUAGCUGGUUCAGAACGUGAGGCUAUAAAUGCUCUGGCCAUUGUCUGGAACUCAAAGGACCGCUCCUCGCAUGAGUAUAAUAUAUGGAGACUGGACAACUUCAGCAUAUACCGCAAGAGCACUGACUACCGACAUGCCUACGAACUUUGUCCUUUACACCAUCUCAAGACCGAGAGUGGCGUGAAUGAACUCCUGUUUGACGGAAUUCUCAGCGUCGAUGGCGAAGAGCGACAUGUCCGAGGUGUUCCGUUCGAUUGUCUGGCCAUAGAGGGCUACGGAGAUGCAAAUGACAUCGUUUCCGCCUGCAUACAGACAACCCUGGGUCGAAAGGCAAACGUCUGGUAUCAACUAGGAUCUCCCGCAAAGGAGUAUACUCGUUACCAUGAUCCUUUCGUUUGGGUUUCAAGGUUCACCAGGUAUGUGGUAGACUUUCUCGAGGAAUCCGAGCAACCUGUCACCUUGAGUCUGUUUCGACGAUCGUUCUAUCCCUAUUUGAUGCAUAAGCAUGGAACAUCCUCCGCUACCAAGCACUGGUUGGAGCAACACAAAUCACGCGAUUUUGGGCAGGCGUUUUGCGCCAAUCUCGGUUUCAUCAUCAAGGAAUGCUACAGUCUGAACGAUCAACUUCUUGACCAGCCUGUAUUCGGAGAAACAGACACGAAGCAGCUGAAAGCCAUCCCUAUGGAGAAAACUGCAUACGAANAAACAGUUGUGACUCCAUUCGUGUUCGAUCUCUUCCAUAAGAUGCCUUUCCACACUCAGAUGCAAGUCCUAUCCGAGUCAGGCGCGCAGAAAAUCGACGUCUUGUGGCUAUACGAGUCGUCCGAUACUACGCUAGGCCACGGGUAUUAUCCGUACAAGAACGAGUUGUUCAUGAGUGACAACUGCGCUUGUGGAAAAGACUCUAUUGACGCCGGGCUUGUUCAAUCUAUUGUUUCGGUUAAGUGGUUUGCCACUAACCCUGAGGAGUCCCAAGAUUGCUUCUUCGUGAGGCAAAAGUUCAGAACGGAGCCAACACUUGGAGCAUAUGACUUUGUGCAACUCCAAGAAUCAGACUUUAGUUGUGGAUGCAACAACACCGAAACAGAGAUGGACAAAAUCAAGCGAGAGUUUAGUCUUGGAGACACUGUGCUAAUUUAUCGACUCAUUGCUGGCAAGGAGUCGUUGGAGCCUGCCAUCAUCCGUGGCUUCAACCUCGAUACAGUUGCUCUACAGACCUUCUUCCGCUGUCAGCGUGAUCUAGGCGAUAAGCAGGCAGCUCCUAACCAGCUAAUGCUGACUAACGAGAUGUUCAAUCUUGAUCCAGAUUGUGUCACCCGUCGUUGCAGAGUUGCUACCUUUGCCGGUUUCGAGGAUAUCAAAACACCUUACGAUCGCAACGGAGCAGGCGAUCUGUGGUAUGUUGUAAGCCCCUCGGCUCCCGUGUGGAAUUUUGUUGACCACGAGAUCCCUGCGGAGAGCAAACUCAAGGGCAUGGGGAUAUUUUGCGGCAGCGGGUCGUUCGAUAGAGGCCUUGAAGAAGGUGGAGGUCUCGAGUUCAGAUGGGGCGUCGACUGGGCUGAAAGGGCGCUUCACUCCUACAGAGCUAAUGCAGAAGAGCCAGAGAAGCUGAAUCUCUUCCUCGGUAGCGUCAACGACUAUCUCGGCAAAGCCAUUCGAGGCACUAAAGACAGUCGAAUCGCUACCGUUGGCGACGUCGAUCUACUGGCAGCAGGGUCUCCGUGUCCAGGCUUCUCGGUUCUUCAGCGAGAUCGAAACAGUGACCAAUCGCUACGAAAUUGUUCUCUUGUUGCCUCAGUGUGCUCUCAUGUCGAUUUCUACACCCCGACGUACCUCGUACUGGAGAACGUCAUUGGCAUGGCAAGGAACCCUGGAAAUGCUAAAAGCCUGAAUGUAUUCUCGCAAGUCCUUUGCUGUCUUGUGAGCAUGGGAUACCAAGUACAGCAACUGCUCAUGGAUCCCAGCCAUUAUGGAUCCUGUCAGUCUCGACAACGUAUCUUCAUUGUUGCAACAGCGCCAGGCCACAAGGCUCAAGNNGCACCCCCUCAGACUCACACCUGUGAGGAACUAGAGACCUAUGCGAGAGCAAUCGGCUAUGCUUCCAAUGGGCUUCCGUUUGGAAAGCACAUGUAUCGCAGCGCCAGACCAUCGCACUUGCAGACAUGA